AUGUCUGAUCUUCCACUCCCGGGUGAUGGUGCAGUUGGUUAUGAUGUCCCAGAUACCUUGCCCGACACCUUGCCUGAUGGCGGCCUUUCACCUGAGUUUGGGGACAUGCUACAUGACAGGCUGCCCCUUCCAGAGGAGGAGGGUUAUGAUGCGGGUGUGUCCGGCCCAGGAGAUGAUGUUGUGAGUGUGGAGGGUAGUGAUGGUGAGGACUUGCCUGAAGAGCAUGCUUUGUCCAUUGGUGGUCCAUCGCUCUUGGGAAUUGUGAGUUCCCGACUUUCACCAACCAAACAUCCUGAACCUGAUUCUGAUGGUCGGCCAUCGGUUUUUGGACCUGCCCCAUCGCAACCUGAGGUUUCCGUGCUUGUUGACUCAGAUGAGGAAACGCUGGUGGAGAAGAAGAAGCAGAGUCUGGAAACUGGGUGUUCGGUGAAGGAUCGGAUGGGCUGGGACUUUGAUGUGGCAACUCCUUGUCGGUCAGAUGAACCUGGGCAGCCCUCUGGUGACCCCACAGCGAAGACUAGCAAGAUCGCUCUGGUUCCUGCUCCAGCCUACAUGAGCCGGAUUGGGGAGGAGGUGGCCAAGGCUGCACCUGCAGCCUAUGGUAGCCAGUCAAAGCCCCGGGGAAGGAAGCCCAAAAAGGGUAAGAACGUGGAAAAGUCUGAUGACCAUGAAAGUGGUGAUGACAGGGAUGACACGGGCUGCCCUCCUGGUCCUUCAGAACAUACUAUGAAGAUCAGAAAGGGGAAGGGCAGGAAAAACAAAAGGGGUUCCAAGAAGUCCACCAAGAAGUCCACCAAGAAGUCCACCAAGUCCACCAAGAAGUCCACCAAACCCACCAAGAAGGGAAAGCGUAAGUCAGCCAAGACCGCCAAUCCACCGGGUUUGGAAGACCAUGAGCACUAUGAACCUAGUGAGCUUGGAGUUCAUGACCUUGACAAUGGUUCAGUUGGGAGCGGUGGCCCGAGUAGUGGUUCCCGAGAUGUACCAGGUGAUGUCCCAGGGUCCAAUUCUUUGGGUGCACUUCCCAAGGCCAAAGCCAAGGGAUCCAAGUCUAAGGGGAAAAACAAGAACAAGUCCAGUGGUAAGGGUGAGCCUGUGGGUCCUGACCCUUUGGAACCUGCCCGUGGCGUUGCACUCCCACACCUCCCGCCCAACAUGGUAUACCCACCAGACUGGGUCAAAGCUGGCAAUGUCUACAGCAAUUCUUACCGCCGCGCAAAAGCUGAGGGAAAGAGCCCGGAGGAAAUCAAGGAAAUCUCCAAGGAUUGUGCUGCCCGCUUUCGCAAGUGGGGAGCUGUUGACACGGAUCUUCUUGGGUCCUUUGGCUUGUUCAAGCGCCGACGCACCAACCACCCAGGCCCAGAGGAAGAUGGACGCCCCGAAGGACAUGAAGGGGAUGGCAUGGACGAUGUGAACGGCACCGAUGGCAUCUCUGGCGAUGACGCUGCUUAG